CAAACAUCUCUCUCGCUGCUGCUACACUACACCAACCCCAAAAACCCUUCCCCAUCUGAGGCCGUCUCACUCACCUCUACCCCGCCGCCGCCGUUUCGCACGAGCGGCCGAGGACGCGCGAUACCCUCGCCUACCGAUCGACAUGGCCUCCACGGCCUUCGCCGCCGCCAAGUUCCUCCCCGCCCACCUCGACUCCUCCCCGCGCACCGCGCCCCACCGCACCGCCCCCACCGCGAACUUCUGCUUCUCCCCGCUGCCCGCCUCCUCCUCCUCCUCUUCGGCGUCCCUGCUCCGCCUCCUGUCCCCGUACCCGUCCGGCCCCGGAGGUAGGCUCCCCCCGCCCCCGCCCCCGCGCUCGUACGGCGGCGGCGGAUCUGGCGACGCCGCGGACUCAGGCGGCGACGCCCGGAAAGGCGGCAUCCUCGGCCUCUUCCUGGCCGGGUGGGCCGCCCGCGUGGCCGCGGACCCUCAGUUCCCGUUCAAGGUGCUCAUGGAGGAGCUCGUCGGCGUGACCGCCUGCGUGCUCGGCGACAUGGCCUCCCGCCCCAACUUCGGUCUCAACGAGCUCGACUUCGUCUUCUCCACCCUCGUCGUCGGAUCCAUCCUCAACUUCGUCCUCAUGUACCUCCUCGCCCCCACCGCCGGCGUCGCCGCUGCCGCGUCGUCCGUGGCCUCCGCGCUCCCCAGCCACAUGUUCGAGCCCGGCGCGUACUCGCUUGGCUCCCGCGUCGCGACGCUCCUCUCCAAGGGCGCAACCUUCGCGGCUGUAGGGUUCGCGGCCGGGCUCGCCGGCACCGCGAUCUCGAACGGGCUCAUCGCGAUGCGGAAGCGCAUGGACCCGGCGUUCGAGACUCCAAACAAGCCGCCGCCCACGCUGCUCAACGCAGCCACCUGGGCGCUCCACAUGGGCGUCAGCAGCAACCUGCGGUAUCAGUCGUUGAACGGGAUCGAGUACCUGCUCGGCAAGGUCGCGCCGGCGCCAAUAUUCAAGGUGUCCGUUGUUGCUCUCCGGUGCAUGAACAACGUGCUUGGUGGGAUGUCCUUCGUGUUGCUUGCCAGGCUGACUGGGUCGCAAAGAUCAGAUAAGCCAGUGGUCUCGACAGUUGCGGAAGAGAAGGAGAGGUUGAUAGCUGUGGGCAAUGCCGCUGCAGAUGCCAUCAGUGAAGGAAGGGAUGGAGAUGGUAAGUAAGUGGGUAGAGGUAAGCGGAUGCACGCAUGCUUGCGUUGCAUUGCCCGAGCUUCCUUUGCUGCUUCUUGGACAUAUGCCAAGAAACCUGUAGAUGAUAAGCGAGUUGGUUGGAAUAAGGAGCGAGGCUCGAAACAUGUGUUCAGUCUAUUUGUGGUUUCUUGGUGUUACUGGAUGACAUGCAUAGUUGAUCUUAGAGUACAUUUUUUUUCUUGCUGCCUCAUUUGAUCAUUGACUUAACUGUUA